AGUGUAAAAAAGAAGAAAAAAAAGCCCACAGACACAGAGAGAGAAAGAAAGAGUCUUGAGAAGAGAAAGAAAGAUGUCAGUCGUCAGUGGGUGUGUUGUUUGAUUGCGAAGAAAAGCAUCAUCGAAGAAACGCCAAAAAAAUACACGCAUACACACAAACACACAAAAAUAUUUUGAAAAUUCAGGGGGCUCAAAAACAGUGAUGAGCAAGUUUAUGCGACUAAUAUUAUUCAGCUUUCACGCUCGUCGUUGUUGUUGCUGUUGUUAUUAUUGUUGAGAAAUGAAAUGGGUGGAGCGACAAUCACCAACUCUUGUGUGUUGAGUCGCUGCUUUCGCUUGCGAUCCAAGCCUAAGUCUCAAUCACCAUCACCUUCUUCUUCUUCUUCCUCCUCAAAGUGCUCUUCUUGACCAUGAUCCUCUGCCCUAAACUCUCUCUUGGAUCUCAGUCGCAGAUCCAUUUUCAACACCAACGCUUCCUUUUCUCUCCUUCUCAUGGACCCCGCUACGUCUCGCCCCGCUGUAGUUAUCGACAACGGCACCGGGUAUACUAAGAUGGGGUUCGCCGGUAAUGUUGAACCAUGUUUUAUUGUUCCUACAGUAGUUGCAGUAAACGAGUCGUUUUUGAACCAAUCUCGAAGCUCCUCAAAAGCCAGUUGGCUAGCGCAACACAGUGCUGGUGUGAUGGCCGAUCUUGACUUCUUCAUCGGUGAUGAGGCAGUUGCGAGAUCUCGAUCUAGUACUACUUACAAUCUCAGCUACCCAAUUCAGCACGGCCAGGUGGAAAAUUGGGACGCAAUGGAGCGGUUCUGGCAGCAGUGUAUAUUCAACUAUUUGCGGUGUGAUCCGGAGGACCAUUACUUUUUAUUGACCGAGAGUCCACUUACUGCACCGGAGAGUCGCGAGUAUACUGGUGAAAUUAUGUUUGAGACAUUCAAUGUUCCUGGGCUUUAUAUAGGGGUGAAUUCCGUGCUCGCUCUUGCGGCCGGGUAUACUACAUCUAAGUGUGAGAUGACAGGGGUUGUAGUGGAUGUUGGAGAUGGGGCUACUCAUGUUGUACCUGUUGCAGAUGGUUAUGUCAUUGGGAGUAGCAUUAAGUCAGUUCCUAUUGCUGGGAAAGAUGUAACUCUUUUCGUCCAGCAGCUUAUGCGGGAAAGAGGAGAGCAUGUGCCCCCUGAAGACUCAUUUGAAGUGGCUCGGAAAGUGAAGGAAACUUAUUGCUACACUUGUUCUGACAUUGUCAAGGAAUUCAAUAAGCAUGACAAAGAACCAGCAAAAUAUGUUAAGCAGUGGAGAGGUAUUAAACCAAAGACUGGCGCACCAUACUCCUGUGAUAUCGGCUAUGAACGUUUUCUUGGCCCUGAGGUUUUCUUUAAUCCUGAAAUAUAUAGCAGCGAGUUUUCAACCCCCCUACCAGCUGUAAUCGACAAGUGUAUUCAGUCUGCACCAAUUGACACAAGAAGAGCAUUGUAUAAGAAUAUAGUACUGUCUGGAGGCUCAACCAUGUUUAAGGACUUCCAUAGGAGGUUGCAACGAGACUUAAAGAAGAUUGUGGAUGCCAGGGUUCUUGCAUCAGAAGCUCGACUUGGUGGGGAAAUAAGAUCACAACCAGUAGAAGUUAAUGUAGUCAGCCAUCCCAUCCAGAGAUUUGCAGUUUGGUUUGGAGGCUCUGUACUUGCAUCAACACCUGAAUUUUUUGCGGCUUGCCAUACAAAAGCAGAGUAUGAGGAGUAUGGUGCGAGCAUAUGCCGAACUAAUCCUGUUUUCAAGGGCAUGUAUUGAUGCAAAAAACCAUUUUGGCUGAUCAUUGUUUUGUGAUUAAGAUGCUCAAUGGAAUGCCUCGCCAUUUCCACCUUCCUUAUGCACCUCAAUUCACUUCACCCUAUCUUCCUCGGCAUUUAAUUUUCUUGAGUUGGUGGGAGGGGAUGUAAAAUAUGUUUAGAUUCAUUUUUGUAAGAAUAUGUGGGUUUCCUGUAUCCAUUCUUUCAUUAGGGGGUAGCAGUUCUGCUCUCAGCAGCCAAAAGGGAAUGGCCAUUGUCAUUGGGGCAAACGUUAACCCAGCUGAAAUGCAAUUCUAAUGUUCAGCUUAGAUAGAGUUGGUAAAAUAUUUUUUUUUUCAAACAAGAAAAAAAUUAAGAACGAGUAGUCCACCAAGUACAUUCUUAGGUAGGAAGUAAAAUUCAUUUCGAUUGAGUUAUUGUAAUAUGAGAACUAAUUUGAGUUAUAAAUGUUUUUGCUUGAAUUC